AUUCAACAUGAAAUUGCUGAAUGUUAUCAUCAGAGAAAUCCUCAUUUAUUUAGAAUUUGAAGAUAUUCAGAAGUCCAAACUCCACUUGGUCAACAAACAGUUCUAUCAUAAUAUUAUCGAAGACAAUGAACUUCUUAGAAGAAUGUUGCUUCAAAAAAUUGGGUUAGUCAUGGACUAUGACAAAGAAGAACAGUACCACAGAGAGAUAAUCCUAAACAAUAAGAAUGAGCAAGCUGAAGAACCAAUAAUAGAAGAACUUACUGCAGUUAAGUUUUACGAAGAUCCAAGAACCUCUCUGAUUCCGGUGCUGCUUGAACUCCAGAAAGAGCAGGAGAGACUACUGCUGGUGUUUCAACGCACUAGUGGAGGCCACUAUAAAGGCUAUGAUAAGGUUGAGAAUGUAUUUCUAGACAAUGAAGGAAUGGAGAAUCAGUAUUACUCAGCCCCUCAAGUAUUCUUUCCGAACGGCCUUUGUUGAGUCACUGGGGCUGUCUAUGGGACAGAGAGUAAAGAGCUUGAAUAUUGGCUGGAUGCGAUGAAUAUAAUAGAUUCCAAUAUCGAUGUAAAGCUUACAAACUUUGUUGAUGCUACACUUUUAAAAAAUGACACAUCCUCAGAAAUUAAUGGCUUAGAUAUAAAAGCUAGUACCACUAUAAUUAUCAAGAAUGCCUUUGAAAAUUAUUUGAAUAAGCAAAAUAUUUAUAAUAAAGGAUCUUAUAUUCCUCAUAACAAAGCUGAUGAAUCAGCAAAUGAUGUUGCAAAAUCAUUCAGUGAAAACCAGAUCUACCAAUACGAUACAUCUUGAUAUGAUGAAUUAAUCAUAAAACAUUUGUUUUUAAUCGAAGAAAUUACAUGAAUGAAAGCUGUGAUGUGCUUAUCACCAAUCAAAGCAUUUGCUUUGUUUGUGCAUGACACUCCAAUGAAUCCAGAAGACCAUCCCUUGACUUUACUAAUCAAGAAGGUUUACGAUCUCUCUGAAUGGACUACCAAUGCUCCUAUGAUGAAACAAGAUCAGACCAUUGAAGAAUAUGAAGAAGAAAAGAAACAAAAUAAAGAGCCGAAACAAGCCUCAGUCUUCCAAGAUUUCUUCAAUCUUUUUCAAAACCUUACCGAUGCUGGCUUAAUUCCAAAAAUAAUUGACUCAGAAAGCAGAUGGAUGGAGUUUGAUCAGAAGUUUUACUCCAGUAAAUUCGAUGCCAAGCAAAACAAUGAGGAAGAGAAAUUAGAGUUUUCAGAAGCAAGUCUCAGCGAAGAAGAAACUAAUAAGAUUGAAGAAAUGUACCAAGAGUUAGAUGAAAUGGAUUAUUACAGACUUAGAUUGGUUGCUAUUGGCUACGAUUUACAUACCAGAGAAAGUGCAUACACCUAUGCUUUAAAACAGCUGAUUUCAGGAAGAUUCAUUACAGUUUUAGCUUUGGAUGUUGCUGCAGAUAGACCAUCAACUCCUCAUGUUGAUAUUGGAGGAAUUCUUUUCAAAGGAAAAAUGGUGCCAAGUAUUCUCAAGUUCUUGGCAUAAAACUUCACUCACCUACUGUUUUGCUUAAAAAUUACAUAGUUACUGAAUGCCUAUUU